AUGGCCCUGGCGUCCAAGACACUAACCCACUUCAGCGAAAGCUACGUUCGUCGCACGGUCGGCAAGAACCUGCAAAGUUUGCUGCGGCACUGCUGGAGUGCAGAUACCUCCGUUGCUGCUGCUGCCCACGACAUUGUCCACAACCAUGCUAGUGAUGCCCUCCCUUUCGUGCAGCAAGCUAUUGCAGAGAGCAUGCUCGCACUUAUGGAAGACUUAGUCACGUCCAACAUGCGCGCCAACUUGAAACAGAUAGGGCCUUGCGCCCGCACACUUGAGAAGAUCUUGCGCUCACUGAGCAAGCCUCAGUGUCAGAAGUGGGUGUCCCUAACGGUCAAGCUGCUGAUGGACCCUCACGUCACCGACAAGGAAAGACUUGUCUGGCAGCUGAAGAUGCUUUGGUUGGUUGACGACGAUCCCAAGCGCACCUAUGCAGAAGCUGAACAGCAGCUGCUGACUGUCGCCGUUUGCGACAUCGGUGCUUUCAAGAAUGACCUGCUAGGAAGAGCUCCAAUCACCACCAUCAUCGUCGCCAGCUUCAUCGCAUGGUCAACAGUCUGGUACAUGCAGUUCUUCAACAUCUGCGACGAGGACGCCGACGGCAGGAUCAACUACGAGGACUUCGAGACGUAUUGCGCCGUCCAUGGCGAGUCCAUCGUCAACCAGACUCUGAAGAUCCUCGAGGUCAUGUUUGACGGAGUUAUCGAGGAGACAGGCAUUAUCAUAACUGCUACGGACGUCCGAAAUACGAAGCCCCACAUCGACUGGCAGGACGGACGGGCAUGGGUCGAGGGUGCAAGGGGCUGCAUUCUUUGCCUUAAAGUGGUUUAUAAUAGCUUCGGGUCGCCGGUGAGCUUGAGAGCUGCAACUCCCAAUCCUGAAACCGAUCGCGAGAGCCAUAGAAAACUCCGCAACUCUUUUGGUGCAUGGCAUUUGUGUGUUUUCCGUGGGAUUGCUACAAGCUGUCACGUCGGCUUGAGAACUGCUGUUCACCCUAAUUUCUCCUACUUCUACGCUUGCGCCAACCCAACCCCGACUGCGCCCACUGCCACUCCUACUCCUUACCGCUGCCGCUGCUACUGCUACCAGUAA